AUGAAUGCUCCAGAUAGAUUUGAAUUGUUCUUACUCGCAGAAGGUGAAUCCAAAUUAGAAAUCGAUCCAGACACCAAGUCUCCAAAUGCUAUAGUAAUAACUUUUAAUAAAGAAGACCAUACCCUAGGUAAUCUAAUUAGAGCAGAACUGUUAAAUGAUAAAAAAGUCUUAUUUGCUGCUUAUAAAGUAGAGCAUCCCUUCUUUGCAAAAUUCAAAAUGAGAAUACAGACUGUAGAAGGUUACGACCCAAGGGACGCUUUGAAGAAUGCUUGUAAUAAUAUUAUUAAUAAAUUGGCUGUAUUUAAAACUAAUUUUGAAACUGAAUGGAAUUUACAAACUUUAGCUUCUGAUGAAAAUUUUUCAUAA